UUAAAAUGAAGUCUCUGCUGUUCAUCCUGGUCGUCCUGACUGCCCUGUCGUGCGUGUCCUCGAGCGCAGGUCACUUCAAGAAGAUCGGAGGCGGCGGCCUCUCUGGCUUCCACCGGCCGCUCGCCCUCUACCCGACCCUCGCUCUGCCUAUCUACAGUGGCUACGGCGGAUACGGAGGCGGCUAUGGAAGCGGUUAUGGGGGCUAUGGAAGCGGAUAUAGUGGUUAUGGGUAUGGUGGGUAUGGCAGUAGCUUCGGCGGAUAUGGCUGGUGAAAUCUGAUAAAGGUGAUCCGCAUGAUUUUGGAAUUUGCAAAAUAAACGGAGAAAUGAA